CAUUUGUUCGAUUUGAAACGUCCAAACAUGGCGCGAGUCAACAACAACACAAACUUUUCCCCAAUAAAACUAAUGCAGUUUCGUGAAUAUAGUAUUUCGACACAGAACUCAAAGCACUUUAACUGGAAAAUCCUGAGGUCGUUUCUCACUUGUAAAGAAGGCUUUGCUUUGAAAGAAAUUAAAACUUUCCAAGGUGCAAAAAGCUGUUGCAGGAUUAUUUAUAGCGAUGGUUACCUUAUAAUAAAGGAAGUUUCAACGUCAAAUACACUCAAAGUUUAUAAUUUAAAUGGGCACAAUAAAACACCAUUCUUGAAGUCCACAAUCUGUGAUGGUGAGGAGUGGAAAGAUCGUAGUUUUGGAAUUGCUCCAAUAUUAAAUUUGUCUAGCCAAAUUACACAAAAACAUGGUUUUAAAACUGGAUUGUACUAUAUCACAGCUACAAAAUUGCAUGUGUUAAAUUUCUAUAAUGGAACUGUUGAUGCAGUGACUCUCCCUGUGAAUUACAGAUUUUCUGGAAUUGCAAUUGAUGAAGAAACACACACACUAGCAGUGUCUUCAGUAAAAAAUCUAAAGGGAAACCUGUUAAUGGUAUUUGCCCUCUAUGAAUAUUAUCCUUGUGUAGCCUUUCAACAACUUCUACAGAUCCAAAAAUCAACCUUUGGAUUAUCACUAACUGGAGCUGAAGUUAACCAGGGUCUGCUUUUGACCUUACACCAAUCCAAUAAAGUCAAAGUCUACAGCCUUGCUACUGUUUGUCAACAACAAGGCAGCUCACCUCCUCCGGUACUUUUUGAAAUAGAUACCAUCAAUCACGUUAUGUUAAUUGGAACCGCUCCGUAUCAUUUAAUAAAAGCCACGCACGUGAAUUCGUUUUUCAUCCAAAAUCUAGAAGACGGAAGAUCACUGGGCACUGUUGAAGCGAAACCAGAUUCCUUUGAUCCUUACCUGGGCUUUCAUCCUGAUGGGUCGCCUCGCUUGAUUUUCACCGAUAACGGAACUUUACGAUUGUUUGACAUAGUAACCAAAGACGGAGUGCCAACUUUGGUUCCCGGCCAUCUUCAUAGUCGUCCUGCCUGUUCUGAAGCAAAUGCUUCAGGCGAACGGCCAAAAACAACAACUACAAGAAGUGGUCGCACGAUAAGAAAGCCGACAAAUUCUUCAUCCUAUUCUCAAAAAAACGACGAGGAGGAAACGGUCCAGAUAGUAUGGGACUAUGAGGAUGAUCUCAAUCUUUUGGCUAUUCUUUAUGCUUUCCAAGUAAAUGAACGCAAUGCAUACUUCAAGUUAACCCUCGAUCUCGUGGACUCGCUAAGUGGAAAAAGGCUAAGACGUAUAGAACUGGACCAGAAGAUUCGAACCUCACCCUACGAUACCCUGGAGCUAUUCCUGCGAUUAGAUGCCGACCAAUGCCUCAUUUCAAUCUCACGUAGCAGUCGAACGUCCAUUCUUGUGUUCCGAUUCAUCUCUACAAGCAAGUGAUUCCUCCACAACAAUUGUAAUUUACCAUCUGUACUCCUUUGUAUUGAAACAAGUGAUGAUGAAGAAUGUUCAUAAAUGAAAAACGGA